CAACAUUUGAAACGCGCGUCUUCAGAAAGAACGUUGUUGGAAAAUUGAUUCCAAACAAAGAUUUAUUUAGAAAAAAAUGACAGACAGCGACAGCGAGGCCAGUCUUUGCGAUGCGGACACAACUCCCGGAAAAUGGACAUCCGAACGAAUAAGACUACUAAUCCGACUGCGGCUGGAGAUGGAGUCCCAAUUCAGAAGUGGCCGAUCGAGACAUUUACUUUGGCCGCAAAUUUACAACAAACUGAAAUCAGCUGCCCCAUCGAUGACGGAAACGCUGAAGAAUGUCCAAAAGAAAUUCAACAAUCUGAUGUUGACGUACAAACGAAUCAAUUCAUCGCCGCGUAACAUCAACCAAUCGAGAUGGGAAUUUUUCGAAGAUUUCCAUGCCAUUCUGUCGCAAUUCGGUGAUGCACCGGCCGAAAAUGAACCGACAAAUGUGCGCUACAUUCAGGUGGACAAAGUGGACGACGAUUCGGUGUCGUUUAGCUCGGAUGACGGUGGGAAGUGCAUGUUCGCCCAUUAUGUCAAGUCCGCUGUGGAUAAGCACCGAGACGAAUCGCAUCAGGGCGUUGACGGUGGACCGUCGAAGUACAAAAAUGUGGUGGCAUACAAACGAAAGUCUCCAGCCAAACCGACUCUAACGUACAGUAUUCAGCCAGCGAAUGGAAUAAAAACCGAGCGAUUAGCAGUUGACGCUGAGUCGGAUACUGAGACGAAAAAGCGAAAAUUGACGGAAACUACCGCUGUGAUUAGUGGAAAAGCACAAAAGAAAAUGAAAACCACAGCGUCGAAUUCUACUGACGAUACCAGCUCAUGGUUUGAAGAAUUUGUGAAAAUGAAUGAACGAAGAGAGCAGCAGCGUUACGAGCAACAUGAACAGCUAUUGGAACUUGAAAGGAAAAGAAUAGAAAUUGAGAUGAAGAACGGUCAAACAUUGCGUGAGCUGGUAGAUUUAGUUAGGAAGUUUGUCAAUAAAUCGAAUUAAAUUU